AUGACUCCGCAAGGUCUGCUUGCGGUUUGUACAGGACUGCUUCUCCUAAAGAUUUUCAUCUCCUUUGUCUCCCGCUACCGCAGGCAUCAAAUCCUCAUCCGACAACACGGUUGUCUUCCGCCACCCAAGGCGAAGCUCAAGGACCCCAUAUUCGGUAUCGACGUCAUUUUAUCCAACGGGCGAGCAGCCCGGGAGCAUCGCAGCCUUCAGACGUUCGAAGAGCGCUUUUACUCCAUCGGGGCAACCUACAGCACGAAGCAUGGGUUCCCUCUGAUCAUCACCAUGGAGCCCGACAACGUCCGCGCCGUCAUCAACCAGAAUUUUCACGACUACGCACUCGCCCCGUUCCGUCAACCAGCGCUCAAGCACUUCUUGGGCGACGGCAUCUUCACAACGGACGGAGAAAAGUGGCACUCGUCCCGGGCGCUGCUCCGGCCAAACUUCAACCGCGACCAGAUUGCCAACCUUGAAGCCAUCGAGACUCACGUCAAGGAUCUGUUUGCGUUGCUUCCCAGAGAUGGCGCCACACCCGUGGACCUGAAGGGCCUCCUGCUGCGCUUCACCAUGGACUCGACGACCGAGUUUCUCUUCGGUCAGAGCGUUUACAGCCUGCGGCGCAACGGCGCUCGCGAUGGCGACAGCCUCGAGGCGCAGUUCGAGACGGCCUUUACCGGCGCCCAGGCCGAGUGCAUGGAGUUCAUCGGAAUGGGCCCACUGGCUAGGUUCGCGCGAGUAAACUCGCAAAAGCAGGUCGAGAUUGUGCACCGCUACAUUGACAAGUUUGUAGACAGGGCUAUUGCUUUCCGCAAGGAGUACGGAAAACAAGGGCAUAGAAGCGAAUCGAGCCUGACCGGGUUCGUGCCCGGUCCUGCUUACAGGCGGGUGGUUGUUGUCGAUAGCCAGCCGGGUUAUCCUUGCCACGCUUUCCGCAAGGAGUAUGAGGCGGGAGGCGGUGGGCCCAUCGGCACGGGCAAAGAAAAGCCCAAAUAUCUAUUCCUGCAGGAGCUAGCAAAGCAGACCACCGACAGGACGCGGCUGCGAUCCGAGCUUCUGAAUAUACUCAUGGCUGGGAGGGACACCACCGCGAGUCUCUUGGGGAACCUUUUCUUCAUGAUCUCCAAAAGUCCCGAGAUCAUGGCCAAGCUCCAGCAAGAAGUCGACAGUCUGAACGGCGCCAGGCCCUCCUAUUCUUCGCUGAGAGAUAUGAAGUAUUUGAAAUAUUGCCUUCGAGAAUCCCUACGGCUCCACCCCGUCGCUCCCGUCAAUACACGCAUCGCCGUGACCGACACCGUUCUGCCACGUGGUGGUGGGCCCGACGGAAGCAAGCCUGUGCUCGUACCCAAGGGCACUGCGGUCGGAUGGUCCGUGUACGCCAUGCACCGGCGCAAGGAUCUCUAUGGUCCAGACGCCGACCGGUUUCGCCCCGAACGCUGGGAGACCCUGAACACCAGAUCCGAGUACCUUCCCUUUAACGGAGGGCCACGCAUCUGCCUAGGCCAGCAAUACGCCCUAACAGAGGCCUCGUAUGUCACGGUCAGAAUGCUUCAGGAAUACGAGAUGGAGAGCAGAGACCCUGGAGAAUGGGAAGAGGAGCUGGCAAUCACUGCUUGCAACAGACGCGGCUGUCUAGUAGCUCUCAAGGCCAGGAGUGAAUAA